AUGAACGACUCAUUUCGUCCUACGUCAACGGCAUAUCAAGACCACAUCACUGAGACGAACGCCCGAGACUCACCGCUACUGCGACUACCUGCUGAGCUCCGCAAUCGAAUCUACAGCUAUGUUUUCGACGCUGUGCGAUUCAAGGUCUAUGUGACCACCGACGUUACCGGUUUUGUUUUUCCACAACACAGCCUUAUCACAAGCUACGAGGUCAAGGUCCGGUUUGGUAUGCCAACUACGUGCCGUCAACUGUACGCGGAGACAACGAUACUGAGCCAUCGCUCUGUCCUCUACGAGUUCAUCCAUCUAGCAGAACUCACUGACUGGACAAAGACCUCACCGCCGCACAUGUUGGCGCAUGUGAAGGAAAUAUCUUUCCGGGCAAGCUAUACUUGGUGUUCUGAAAAGCGUGGUGGCUUACUCUUCGACCGUAAUCUGGAGAACGUCUACGAGCUAGACGAAUUCGUGGAGGCCUGUGAGUUACUACAAGGGUUGGAGUGGGUUCAACUCGUUGUAUGGAACGAGCUCCGUUUCCGGGGGCCCCACUCGACUGCGGUCAUUAAGAAUCUUGAAGCAAAACUCACUAAAGCGGACGGAAGAAAGGUGGAAGUCAUCCUGCGGUAUUUGGGUUGA